CUCUGUAGUGUUUACAUGGUAGCCAUUCUUGCAGGCUCAGAGGCCAAGCUUUGUGCUAGUCUUCUGCAGCCCAACGAGACCCUGGUCAUGACCAUAUCUCUGAUUGCCGAUGAGCAGAGCAAAAUUCUUCUCCAAGAGAGUUCUGACCAAGAGUUUCACCGCUGCUUCCAGUUUCAGGCCCCUCAUGUGGAGAGUGACGAAGUGCAAAACUUUAAGGUGGAGGUUCGAGGUGAAACGUUUCUGUCGACAGAGGAGAGAAAGGUCAUGAUCAAACCGUACAGCCCGAUGACAUUCGUCCAAACGGAUAAACCAAUCUACAACCCGGGACACACAGUGCAGUUUAGAGUGAUCACCUUGGAUUCCAGUUUUAGCCCUGUCAAUCAGCUGGUGGGAUGUUCAUCAGAACAGGAUUGGACAGUGGGUCAGUACUUCAUCCAGUGGCAUCAUUCUGCAGCUUUCUCAUUCUGCAGCUUUCGAGUAAAGAUGACCACACCUGUGGAAAAGGUCACUAUGGUGAUGGGCCUGUCACCGAACUUGUCAGUUCCCGUCCUCCUUGGUCGUGACUGCCCAGUCUUCCACGGGUUGUGGACCAAUGCGGAGAAGCAUGAGAGGGGCCGACAAGAUAGGAGGAGCUCACAGCACCGCAUGGGCCUGGCACUUAACCUGGUUGCCCACGAUAAACUCCAGACGUCCAGUGAUGAGACGUGCCACAGAAUCGAGAGCCAAGGGGAAGUGGGAUCCUGCCAGGCAGACGAGGAUAGGAGGCAGGAGGAAAGAGAACUGCUUCGACGGAUCUUCGCAGAGUCCACACCAGAGGAGUCCUGGCCGGGGUUUGGCAUGGAGACCAACGACGGCGACAUAGAUCGCCCCCACCCCCACCCUGUCCGACAGCUACAGCAAAACCCCAUUCGAAACUAUUGCCAUGGACCUAGUGGGGCCACUGCCACGGUCAGCCCGAGGACAAAAUACAUCCUCGUAGUAGUGGACUACGCGACCAAAUAUCCCAAAGCUAUUCCAAAACGCACCAUGGCGACGAAAGGCAUAGCCAAGGAGCUGGUCAUGUUUUUGCGAUUGGUCGACACACCCGAAAUCUAAGAACAUGGAUCAGUUAUCGAGGGCAAGAUAAACAUUGUUCACUUCAACAACACACCUAUCUCUGACAUGUUAGUCUACCUGUUGGAGAAGAAAGGCUGGUCCUCACAUCGUCUCCAGAACCUAACCACAGACAGUCGUGGUAUUGCCAGUUUCUCCCUCAACACAACCACUAUGCCCAAAGAGGAUAUUAACCUCAUAGUUAGCAACACACCAGCAGUGGAGAACACUAGAUACAGGGUCCCCUAUUUCAACAGAGGGCAACACAUACUCUCACUGAUCCAGCCCACCUCCCCUCACAGUAAAACAUCCAGCUCUCUGGCUAUUCAGAAGAUGGAGAAACCACUGGCAUGUGGGGAGGAAGUGUCAAUCACCAUCCAGUACGCUAUCGUAGGGGAGACCGUCCCAAAGGGCUCCGUGGAUGUCGUCUACCUGGCCUUAUCCAGAGGGGCGAUACUUCAGCAUGGACAUAUGAAGGUUACUGUACAGCAGGGGAGUCCUGUAACUGAGGGUGAAGUCACCUUGGCCGUGGUUCCAGAGAUGGCGCCGUUGGUACAGGUCCUGGUGUACAGUUUGCUACCCAGUGAGACUGUCAUCGCCUACAGCAUGAACUUCCCCCCUGAGAAAUGCUUCAGGCACAAGGUGUUGGUGGAGUUCUCACCCUCAAAAGCAGUCCCAGGGGAGGAGAACACCCUGCAGCUCUCGGCCCAGCCCGGCUCCCUCUGUGGCCUCAGCACUGUGGACAAGAGUGUUCACAUCAUGGAGCCAGGGAAGAGGCUGGAUGCUGACAAGAUAUUUGAUAUGCUACCAGUCAAGGAGACAACAUAUAUUUAAUACAAGCUUGAAGAU